AGCUUCGCGCAGGAUGGCGACCUGCUGGCCACGCUGCAGGAGCACCACGGCAUGGCCGGGCAAGCGCAGCCGCCGCCCUGCACGGCUGCCAGCAAGAAGCAGGGCGUGUCGGGCGAGAGCUCGGACGCCGGCCAGAGCGCCGACGACAUCCAGAUCCAGCGCUUCGACAAGGACUUCCGGACGUGGAGUGGAAGGACGUGGAGUGGAAGGACGUGGAGUGGAAGGACGUGGAGUGGAAGGGACGUGGAGUGGAAGGACGUGGAGUGGGAAGGACGUGGAAGUGAAGGACGUGAGUGGAAAGGGGACUGGAGUUGGAAGGACGUGGAGUGGAAGGACUGUGGAGUGGAGGAGAGUGGAGUGGAAGGACUGUGGAGUGGAAGGGACCGUGGAGUGGAAGGACGUGGAGUAGAAGGACGUGGAGUGGAAGGACGUGUGAGGGGAAAAUUUGGAAAAAUACGCAGCGUAAUGGAAGUGAACAUGACGAGUGUCUUACGAGGAACUUGCGAGGAUGCAUUUGGAAUGUAUGCAAGAAACGUGCGGGGACGUUUAGGUAAACCUGUACGAUAUAUGCGCGAACUUGUGGGAGUCCGAGGGAACAUGCUGCGGAAAAUGCAAGGAAACAAGCUGACAACGGAUCCCUAUUUUACUGACAAAAAUACCGGAAAAAGUCGUCUUUGCGGGACCGGUGGGCUCGGGCCCAUCUGCUCGACGGCGUCCGCGGCUGCCCCUCGUCCCGGCGUCGUCGCCGGCUUUCGGCGGAAGGGGCGUCGCGGCACUUGCCGAGCGGCGCGCGGGCGCCUCACGUCGCCGGGUUCUCCUCCGCCGGCCGCGUCGCGCCGCCGCUCCGCCCUCCGCCAUCGUGGCCGCGGGGGCGCCCGCGACGCCGCGAUCGGCAACCCGUGGGAGCCUGCCCUCGCCUUCGCCCGCCCCCCGCCCGUCACGCGCCGCGCUCCGCCCGCCGCGCUGAGCCUCCGCCUGCGCUCGCCCCGCGCCCGUCACAGAUCGAAGCAGCUGAUCAAGGAUGCCAUCAUGGACAACGACUUCUUGAAGAACCUGGACUCUAGCCAAGUGCGCGAGAUCGUCGACUCCAUGUACCCUCGCGAGUACCCGAAGGGCAGCUACGUCAUCAGGGAGGGCGAAGCGGGAUCGCACCUCUACGUGUCGGCGGAGGGGGAGUUCGAGGUGAUCAAGGAGCAGAAGGUGCUGGGCCGCAUGGGGCCCGGCAAGGCGUUCGGCGAACUCGCCAUCCUCUACAACUGCACCCGCACCGCGUCCAUCCAAGCAUUAACUUCAUACGAGUCAAAGUUGCCGUUUGUCUUAACAUGGCCCAGUGAAUGUGACGGACGCCAGGUGUGGGUGCUGGACCGGCGCGUCUUCCAGCAGAUCAUGAUGCGCAGGCCUGCAGCGCCUGGAGGACAACGUCAACUUCUGCGCAGCGUGCCCCUGCUGCGCAACCUCUCCAGCGACCUGCUCGCCAAGAUCCGCCGACGUGGCUUCGAAGUGGUUAUUAAUUAUGACACUUUAGUAUUUGUAGAAGUGCAGAUUGCCACCAAAAGUUGUAUUCGGGCUUUGAUCUUGUGA